AUGUCUCAAAUUAAUACAUCCAUAUUCAUCCUAUUCUCAGUUUUGACCACAAUUAAUGCUGAAACUGCAUUUAGCUAUUCAAAAAACAAUAAUGAAUUGUAUUACAACAUUGUAUCAGAUGAAGCUUUAGUUGUUUUAGCCUUUUCUGGUUAAAAGGACUUAAGAGAAUACCUAUUUUGUAGAGUGAAAGACUGCGAAUGUGAAGAAAGACUUGCUUAAGGACCAAAGAGCCAUCCAAAAUUGAGUGAGCAGUAGAUUAUCUCCAAUUACUUUUGUGAAAAUAAUUCGAUGAAAUUUUUAAGACCAGACACAGGAUUCUAACCAUAUAUAUGGAAGAACAAUCAGCAACAAGAACAACCUAAACAUGUUGAAAAAUACUCAAGAAUUAUUUAAGAAGUCACAAAUACUUCCGGUAGUACUACUUAUACUGACACUGAUAUGACUGCAUCCUUAUCUAUUGGAACCACUUUCUAAGUGAAAUGGAAGUUUAAUACAGAUGACACCAUCGAGAUGUGCUUCAUUUUGAAUUAAAAAUCAUGGAUAGGAGUUGGUUUUGGAAAAGGGAUGAAGAAUGUUGAUAUGCUCACAAUUAAUAUAAUAGAUGGCUAAGCAGAAGUUUUGGAUUUGUGGUCAGUCGAAGAUGAUACACCUCCUACAGAUACAAAAUAAGACUUAGAAUUGGUCUCUUAUAGCAUAUCUGACACUUCUGUAAAAGCUAGAAUAAAAAGGAAAUUAAACACAGGAGAUUCUUCACAAGAUGUAGUUUUGGCUAAAGGAUCUGCUUAUACUUGGAGUUAUGCAACAUCAUCAGCCUUGGUUAUGGAGGAUCAUGGUCACAACUUUGAAGAAUUUUCUAUUACUUUAAACGAGACAGGAGACACUAAUUGCUUAUGUUUGUUGUGA